AUGUACAGCAUGAUGAUGGAGACCGACCUGCACUCGCCCGGCGGUGCCCAGGCGCCCACGAACCUCUCGGGCCCGGCCGGGGCGGGCGGGGGCGGUGGGGGCGGGGGCGGCGGCGGCGGCGGCGGGGGCACCAAGGCCAACCAGGAUCGGGUCAAGAGGCCCAUGAACGCCUUCAUGGUGUGGUCCCGUGGACAGAGGCGCAAGAUGGCCCAGGAAAACCCCAAGAUGCACAACUCGGAGAUCAGCAAGCGCCUGGGGGCCGAGUGGAAGGUCAUGUCCGAGGCCGAGAAGCGGCCGUUCAUCGACGAGGCCAAGAGACUGCGCGCGCUGCACAUGAAGGAGCACCCGGAUUACAAGUACCGGCCGCGCCGCAAGACCAAGACGCUGCUCAAGAAGGACAAGUACUCGCUGGCCGGCGGGCUGCUGGCGGCCGGCGCAGGUGGCGGUGGCGCGGCCGUGGCCAUGGGCGUGGGCGUGGGCGUCGGGGCGGCGGCCGUGGGCCAGCGCCUGGAGAGCCCGGGCGGCGCGGCGGGAGGAGGCUACGCGCACGUCAACGGCUGGGCUAACGGCGCCUACCCCGGCUCGGUGGCCGCGGCGGCUGCGGCCGCGGCCAUGAUGCAGGAGGCACAGCUGGCCUACGGGCAGCACCCAGGCGCGGGCGGCGCGCACCCGCACGCGCACCCGGCGCACCCGCACCCGCACCAUCCGCACGCGCAUCCUCACAACCCGCAGCCCAUGCACCGCUACGACAUGGGCGCGCUGCAGUACAGCCCCAUCUCCAACUCUCAGGGCUACAUGAGCGCGUCGCCUUCGGGCUACGGCGGCAUCCCUUACGGUGCCGCGGCAGCCGCCGCCGCCGCUGCGGGCGGCGCGCACCAGAACUCGGCGGUAGCGGCCGCGGCGGCUGCGGCGGCCGCGUCGUCGGGCGCCCUGGGCGCCCUCGGUUCUCUGGUCAAGUCGGAGCCGAGCGGCAGUCCGCCGGCCCCGGCUCACUCGCGAGCGCCGUGCCCCGGGGACCUGCGCGAGAUGAUCAGCAUGUACCUGCCCGCCGGCGAAGGAGGCGACCCCGCGGCGGCAGCGGCUGCCGCGGCCCAAAGCCGGCUGCACUCGCUGCCACAGCACUACCAGGGCGCGGGCGCCGGUGUCAACGGCACGGUGCCCCUGACGCACAUCUAG